UGUUUGGGACAGUCUUUCUGGUGUUAUUUUUUGCCAUUGAAAAAUAACAUCUCGUGUUUUCUUGGAAAAAUAUCGUCGAUUUCCCUUUAUUUCCGUGAAAAUACUUCGUGAAAAGUUCCAAGAAUGGAGGUAGAAGAGGUCAACAUCAGCACGGAAGUUUCCCUGCCACGUAAACCCAAAAAGAAGAGGCAACACAGCGAUUCCAUGGAAGUUGAUCAAUCUUCCGGGAUAGCUGGGGCUCCAAAAACAGGUGUUUCAGGAAGGAAGCGCACUAAAUCCAGCUUGGAUCAGAGGAAAAUUCUCGUACCCGUGAGGAGACUUGGAGCCCUCAAGGAGAAUUGGCUAAAAAUCGUCAAUCCCCUCACGGAAAACCUGAAUCUUCAGGUGCGCUUCAACCUCAAGAGCCAUCAGGUGGAGAUGCGGCUGGGACCACAGACCACGGAUGUGGCGAAUUUGCAAAGAGGAGCAGAUUUCGUUAAAGCCUUCAUCUACGGAUUCGACGUGGACGAUGCCCUGGCUCUGCUGCGUCUCGAUGAUCUCUUCGUGGAGACAUUCGAUGUGAUGGACGUUAAGAUGCUGAAGGGGGAUCACAAGAGCAGAGCCAUUGGGCGUCUGGCAGGAAAGGGAGGACGUACAAAGUUCACGAUUGAAAAUACAACAAAAACCCGAAUUGUUCUCGCAGACAGUCGCGUUCACAUCCUGGGCAGCUAUCAGAAUAUUCAGCUGGCCAGGCGGGCAAUCUGUAACUUGAUCAUCGGCUCCCCGCCCAACAAAGUCUACGGAAACUUGAGAUCAGUAGCCGGAAGGGUUUCUGAGAGGAUAUAAUUUAUUGGAUUUUUUUGGAUUAAACUAUUUUGAUUAAAGUUUUGUGAAAAUCAAAGCUAAAAGCA